UUUUGGGCCCUUAUAACUCGUUGGCCCUGGUACAGGAGGGGGCACCGACAGAGAGAGAAAAAAAUAGCUCCCGCGAUCGCCUGGCGAUCAGGCGGCGACGGAGAUAGAGUGAGGAAUGGAGGCGUUGAGUCCGAUGGACAGCCCGGCGGAAGGAGGGGCCGAUAGAGAGGAGGUCAUCAACGGUGGGAUCACCGGUGCGGUGGACUGGAGCAUGUUCAAGGCGGAGGCAAGGCGGAUCCUCCGAGCGGCACCGGAUCAGAAGAAAGUGUGGGAACAAAUGAAGCGGCGGAUAGAUGAACUCCUCAGCGGAAAUCCAGGCGUGAAUGGUGGCGAUCGGAUGGGGAAGAAACCAGACAUGCGCAAGGAAUCCAUGGCAAAUCCCUGGUCGAUUUUGGAGGAACCAACGGGGAAGGUGAAGCCCUCGCAUCUGGACGGAUUUGAGAUCCACACACAAAUAGGUUUGAGCAAUUCCCUCCUUGAUAAGGAUAAGGUUGUUUUGUUCUAUAACAAGGAAAGAAACGUCUCUCAAAAGAUUGAUGAUCUUUGUGCUUUUAGAGGAAAGGGUGUAAUUAGGGGAUUGAAAGGUAUCCUUAAUAAGAGUAACGUUUGAUCAGAAUUUAGUUAUUUCAGAGGUAAUAAUGAGAUGAAUGGGACGCACGAAUUUGAGAA